AUGGCAUCUCUUCUUAAAUGGGCAACAAAAUUAGCUAUUGUUGGUGGUGCCACUGUACUUGUUUUUAAUCGUGAAGUAUUCGGUACAAAUAAAUAUACUAAACAAAUUAUCAAUGAAGUUCGUACAUCAUUACCCGAUACAGCCGAAGUGUUCGAUCAAAUGCCAACAAAACGAGAACUUAAUGAUGCUAUUGUAAAUAGUUGGAAUUCGGGCGUUCAAACAACAUUUAAAUGGCUUGCUGAUGCUCCAACACAUACAUGCCAAUUAUUUUCUUCUCUUUCUAAGAAAAUUAAUGGCUAA